AUGAUACGAGAUGUCUCCAGCUCAACACUUGGACGCGAGGAGGAACGCAAGCCGCUUAUGGCGGCGUACAUGUUCCAGCGUCGUGUGCUGUUCGGUUGCAGCGUGUUGAUGGUGGUCUCGCUCAUCAUGUGGAUUGUAGCCAUUUCAACGGACCACUGGGUUAUCAUAACCGGUGGAAAAGGCAUUUUCAUACCGGAGACACGACGAUUUUUUAUGGACUCACACUCCGGUUUAUGGGUGCAUUGCCGGCACACUAAAACACCUAACGCGUUGCCCACUGCCAAUGUGGUGCGCAACUUCACGUCCAUAGCUUAUGUGAACCCUGCAACGUUAAUGGAUGCCAAAUUGAAUGCAUCAGCGCUUGAGUUUGUGCGUGAAUUUAGCGAGGAAAUUGUGGAGAUACCGAUGAAGAAUUUUACGGAGUCCGCUAGACGACGUAUGUUUGCGCAUUGGGUGCGUAAUGACGAGGAAGAGUUUAAAGCAUUCAAAAAAAUCUUUGAAGAUCUCGUAUUAAACACAACAGCCACACAAGCCGAAACCGUACCCAUAAAUGCCAAGCCAAUCGCAAUUGAUCCGCUAAAUGUACGCGAAAUAGAGUCACGAAAAAUCUUCGGAACGGCACUGCAAAAAGUCAGGGUCAAUGCGACAUCAUAUUAUUUUGUUAUACCAGAAGCGGCGCAAUUGGCAAUAUUUGCGGGUUGGAAUGGGAAACCAUAUGUGCCAAAGCUCUUCUGGCCAUAUGUGCGUGAUUUGGGCGUGCCCGCAUUUGUGCUGGAUGACCAUCAGGUGAUAUUGCAACUGGUGCCACCACUACCACCAAGCAGUGGCCGCGAAGCGAACGGUUAUGUCUAUCAACCGAAUGAACGUUGCAAGUACAUAGACAUGUUCACCAACCCCAAGUCGUUGAACAAAGAUCCCGGCAUCGAUGUGGAGCUGAUGGAUUAUAUACGUACACAGGCUUCGUUUGCCUGCAUCACCGUGUUCGUUAUGAGUCUGGGUUCGGUUUUCUCAUUUUACACUUUCAAGAAUCCGCGUUAUAUGUUUAAGCGUUUAGCUGGUGGUAUUCACUUGGUUUCCGCCUCUACUGCCGUGGUUGUUUUACAGGUGCUCUUUUCAUCUGUUGAUUACACAAAGAAGCACUUAUUCUACGCAUAUCCCGAAGGUGCUGAACUUACUUAUGGUUAUGGCGUCUACUUAGCGUGGUUUACUUUUAUAGUGAAUUUAGUGUGUGGUAUUCUAUUUAUGUGGUAUUCGGGCAAGAAGAAGGGUGCGAAAGCACCCAACGAUGAAGUAGCAAUGGCAGACGAGCCCACAAUAAUGGGCAGAUAAUUACUUUAACCAACCAACAUUGUUCAAUAUAUGUAUAUGCGUGAAUAUAUAUGUCAAAAUAGUGCCCACCGAUCAUCAGUGUACCUUAACAUACUCGCUAAUGUGCUAUAUGGUUGAACAAUUUCCUGUGAAAGCCAUUACGAAAGAUGACAAAUAAUGCAAAAUUAGUUUUUGAAACAAAAAAUUGUUAUAUCCAAUAUAAAAUAGCUGCUGAGGCAUCAAAAAAUGGUCAUCGUUGAGCAGGAAUCUAAAAUUAGUCAGAACUAUAUGAAAGUAACACGUUUUUUAAUAAAAUAAUUUGCAGUUCCUAAAUGACUAAUAUUGUAAAAAAUAAAGAUAAUUAUAUUUUA